AUGGGUGAAAUUGCUGAUGUUUAUAUUGAGCCCAGACCACCAAAUUUGCGUCGGUGUCAUUCUGCUGUUGAGGGUACAACAUACAUUGACAUGAAGCCCUUUACUGGCAAUGUGUCAGUUCGUGGAUGCAUCUUGACAGUAGUAGUUCAGAUGAAGAUGCAGCGCACCAUAACCAUCCAAAGGGAUUGCCUUCAUUAUAUGAAGAAUAACUGAAAAUUCCAGAAAAAGAACAGGAAUAUGUCAGUUUACCAAUCUCUUUGCUUCAGGGAUGUAAAGCCUGGAGACAUUGUGACAGUUGGAGAAUGCCGUCCGCUAUCUAAAACUGUUCGUUUCAAUGUCUUGAAAGUAAGUAAGGCCCCUGGCAACAAAAAACUAUUCCAGAAGUUCUAAAUAAAUGUGGAAAUAAA